UUUAUUUAAUUAAUGUUAUUGAUAUAUAUAUCGAUCAGUUAAAACUGUGUCCAGAGCACCCCUGAGCAUUACUUCGGAUCGCUCUCGUUAUAAGCUGGUCUAGUUGCGAAUACGAAGAAAUGGCGACUCGUCUGCUUAAAGUUAGUUCCGCAUUGCGGACUUAUUCUAAUAAAACCAGUCUUGUAAAGGUACAGAAACAAUGGCGAUCUACAGCAACAUCCUUGAAGGAGACACUCAUCAAUCAACCACCCACCAGAGUUACAACUCUGGAUUGCGGUAUGAAAGUUGCCAGCGAAGAUAGUGGAGCUCCAACAGCUACUGUUGGAUUAUGGAUUGAUUCUGGCAGUCGGUUUGAAACAGACGAGAAUAAUGGAGUUGCCCAUUUCAUGGAACAUAUGGCUUUCAAAGGAACUACAAAGCGGUCACAAACUGACCUAGAAUUAGAAAUUGAAAAUAUGGGAGCUCAUUUGAAUGCUUACACAAGCAGAGAACAGACAGUAUUUUAUGCCAAAUGUUUGACAGAAGAUGUUCCAAAAGCUGUUGAAAUUUUAAGUGACAUCAUUCAAAAUUCCAAACUUGGUGAUAGUGAAAUUGAAAGAGAACGUGGUGUCAUCUUAAGAGAAAUGCAAGAGGUUGAAACAAAUUUGCAAGAAGUUGUUUUUGAUCAUUUACAUGCUAGUGCAUAUCAAGGCACACCUUUAGGGAGAACGAUUCUUGGACCAACUAAAAAUAUUAAAAGCAUCACGCGAAAUGAUCUUCUUAACUAUGUUAAGACACACUAUGGUCCACCUAGAUUUGUUCUAGCUGGUGCAGGUGGUGUAAAUCAUAGUACUUUAGUAGAUUUGGCUCAAAAACAUUUUGGUCAAAUGAAAGGACCUAUGUAUGAUGAAAUUCCACUUCCAUUAGUACCAUGUCGUUACACAGGCUCUGAAAUAAGAGUUCGUGAUGAUAAUAUUCCUCUUGCACAUGUUGCCAUUGCUGUUGAAGGUGCUGGUUGGGCUGAUGCCGAUAACAUUCCCCUUAUGGUUGCAAAUACUAUUAUGGGAGCAUGGGAUCGCAGCCAAGGAGGUGGUGCAAAUAAUGCAAGCUAUCUAGCUCAAGCUUCAGAAGCUGGUUUAUGCCACAGUUUCCAAAGUUUUAAUACUUGCUACAAGGACACUGGUCUUUGGGGUAUUUACUUUGUCUGUGAUCCUUUAACGAUAGACGAUUUUGUAUAUAAUAUACAAUGCGAAUGGAUGAAAUUAUGUGUAUCAGUAACAGAGAAAGAAGUAGAACGCGCAAAAAAUACCCUCAAAACGAAUAUGUUACUACAAUUGGAUGGAACUACUGCGAUCUGUGAAGAUAUUGGCCGACAGAUACUUUGUUACAAUCGACGUAUACCGCUUCAUGAACUGGAGGCUAGGAUAGAUAGCAUUACUGCUUCAAAUAUUCACGAUGUUGGCAUGAAAUAUAUUUACGAUAGAUGUCCAGUUGUUGCAGCAGUUGGUCCAGUUGAAAAUCUACCAGACUAUAACGUAAUUCGUUCCGGCAUGUACAGAUUACGACUAUAAAUACAUUUCUUAAGGUGAAGUUAGAGUGAGUCGCCAGCAGCAUUAUUCCUAGUAAAUAAUUUGGAUUAAAAUAAGACUACAGAAAGCUCGCACUACUCGUAAAUGUUUAUCGUAGUUAAAAUUAUUAUCCACAUAUAUUAAAGCCAUAGUAUCUAAAACAAAUUUUUGUGCAUUUUUUAAUAAUAUUUUGUAGUCUCAUCUUAAUCUUAAUCAAUGGAUAAUUCAUGAUCAUGUAUCUGGCUUCAGUAAAACAAUAAAUUUAAUUUAAAAAAAUUUA